AUGGGGAAGCAGUUAUCUGGAGCGCAGAAGAGGAAGAAGAGGAAAGAGAAAGAAGAGCUCGCGAAGGAGGCCGUGGAGGAAAUGGAGCGUUUAAAGCUUGGACCGACGGAGUUGUGGACGGGAUUGGUGUUGCAUCACAAGGAUGUGUUUGUCUCGCAUGUGCUUCCGAAAUUGAAUAGGACAGAUCGGUGUUUCUUUUCGAGAGUGAAUAGAGAGAGUCGGGGUGUGCUUGAAUACGCCGGGGUAAACGUAUCGGAAUUAUGUUACAAUGUUGACGAAUGUUCAUCGAUUUCGACGUUGGAAUUGGCGUGGAAUCACUUUCCCUGGGCAGAGAAAGAUAACGAUGGAGACGUGGCAGAUCAAGCCUGGUUUUGCGAGGGAGUUGCUGCAACGAACAAACUCGAGUUUCUCAAGUGGGCGAGAGAAGUGAAACAGUGCCAGUGGGAUGAAAAGACGAUUACUGUGGCAGCACGUGAAGGCAAUCUCGAGAUGUUAAAGUACUGCUUCUCUAACGAUUGUCCAUGUGAUGAAAAAAAGGCGUGUAAACAUGCUGCUGCAGGAGGAAACCUCGACUGUCUUCGGUUUCUUUUCGACAAAGUGGAACCUUCGCGAGAUACGGAAAGAGAAGCGGCAAUACAAGCAACAUGCGGUGGUCACGUGGACAUCUUGAAAUAUUUCGUAGAAGAAAGAAAGAUAUCUUUCGAUGAUUUGAAGCUCGACUGCGUGGGAAACGCUACAACGUAUGGCCGACUCGAUUGCAUCAAAUACUUAGUCGAAGAGGCGAAAGUGCCUCUGAACGACUGGCGAUACAUCGCUUGGGCUCGGUAUCGCGAGCACCCCGACUGCCUCAACUACUUGCUCGAAAAAGGGUCUCCAGAACCAACGGACGAAGAAUACGCUCGACUUGUCAAACGAAUGAAAGAACGGCAGUAG